ACCCAGCCGAUCGAAGGUCACCUGACCCACACUAGGGUUUUCGCUUCGCGAGGACCACACCAAAUCCGUUCGACUUUUGACACUGUGAUAAUCCAUCAUCGACAGCGACCGACGACAGCCAUGGCCCCCUCCGACAACAAGACCGGCAAGAACAAGGCCAACGCCGCCGCCAAGGCGGUUGCCAAGGGCGCUUCGCUUCACAAGUCCCGCAAGGUCCGCACCUCGGCCACCUUCCACCGCCCCAAGACCCUCCAGCUGUCGCGGUCCCCCAAGUACCCCCGUGUGUCGGUCAACCACGGCCCCGCUCUGGACUUCAACAAGAUUGUUCUGUACCCCCUGAACACUGAGUCCGCCAUGAAGAAGAUCGAGGAGAACAACACCCUCGUCUUCAUUGUCAACGUCAAGUCCAACAAGCGCCAGAUCAAGCAGGCUCUUAAGAAGCUGUACGAUGUUGACACCGUCAAGAUCAACACCCUGAUCCGCCCUGACGGAACCAAGAAGGCCUUCGCCCGCCUCACCCCUGAUGUCGAUGCUCUUGACAUUGCCGCUACCAAGCUGGCUAUUGUCUAA